AUGAAUAAGGUUGUCGUCUAUAUCACAACAUGUGGAAUCCUGAGGAGAGUGUGGGAACGAUGUCGGGAUACGGUUGAACUGCUGAAAGCGCACAAAAUUAAAGCGGAAUUUCGUGAUCUCAACAUUGACCCUUCUUACGCGGACGAAUUAGCUGACCGAAUGCGUCUAGACAAGAGUGACCGAGAACUUGUAUACGACAGCCUCCCAAUGGUAUAUGUAAAUGGAAAAUAUUUUGGAGUGAGUUUGAGAAAUUUUUCCCUGAGUCCCUUCGUUCCUUCAAUCUACAGCAAUUAA